AUGGCCACAGAUGGGCUGCCAGCCCUAGGGAGGGCAAAGCUCCGAAUCUUUCAGAAGAUGGAGAGAGACCCCCCUCGAAGUUCUGCUCCUGCAGACCAGUACCACACAGCCCUGGUCACCGGCGACCUGGGAAGCCUCCAGCCACUGAUGGCCCAGCACUAUGGGGAUGCCAAUGUAGUCUUGGAGAUCAAUAAGAAUGAGAUGGAAUGGCGGGUGAAAUCUCCGGCCACUUUUGGACUAUCAGGCCUCUGGUCCCUCGAGUAUAAGAGAGAGCUCACCAACCCUCUCUGCAUCACUGCCAGUCAUGGCCAUACUGACUGUGUACGCCACCUGCUACGCUGGGACGCUGAUGUUAAUGCAGCUCCGGGUGGGAAGAGUGCCCUGCAUGAGGCCUGCCAAGGAGGUCACACGGACUGUGCGGAACUGCUCCUGGAACAUCGGGCUAACCCCAACCUGAUGAGUGAUGAGGGCUUGACUCCACUCCACCUGUGCACCUCCCCCAAAACUCUCAGAUGUGCCCAGAUGCUGGUGAAGCAUGGUGCCAAGGUAAACCAACUGAGCAUUGAAGGCCAGGAAAGCCCCCUUCAUGUUGCAGCGAAGCAUGGCCUAGCAGAUCAUGUGCUCCUGUACCUACAACAUGGGGCCAGUGUGGACACCAGGAAUAGCCACGAAGAGACACCUCUCAGCGUGGCUUGUGGCCAAGUCCAGGAGCCCCAUGGCCAGGAACCCUACUUGGAAGUGUGCCGCCUGCUACUGCGCCAUGGUGCAGAUGCCAAUGCCACUGAUGAGGAAGAGAAGAGUCCCCUCCACAAGGCCUGCAAGAAUGCCAGCCACCGCUUGGUCCAGCUGCUGCUACAGAACCAGGCCAAGGUGAAUGUUUUUGACUACAGCGGCAUCUCCCCCAUGGCCUGUGUCCUGCAAACUGCCUCCUUCAAGAGGGAGUGUAGGCCCCAUCAGACAGUGCAGACACUCCUCAACCACGGCUCCCAGAGGAUCUGGCCCGGGGCUUUUGAGAAGGUCCUGAAGUCUUGUGCAUCCACCCCAGAAGUCAUUGGGAUCCUUUUCAACUCCUACUCAAAGCUCCGGGUCUCAGAGAAGUGGAAAGAAGUAAUUCCUGAGGAAGUGUUUCAGAUGCAUCAGUCUUUUUACCAGUCUCUCUUCACGCUAUCUCACACCCCUCGGUGUCUGCAACAUCUGUGCCGCUGUGUCAUCCGCAAACACCUUGGCAGCAAGUGCUGGUCCCUCAUUCCCCGGUUGCCUGUGCCAGAAUCUCUGCAGCAUUAUCUCCUGCUGGAGAUAGAGGGUUUGUUACUCUGA